AGGAAACAAUGUUGUGGAGUAGCAGAGGAAGUCUGGAGACCAUCAUUAUAACUAUUAUAAGGAUAUUUUUCAAUCCAUCGUUAAUAACAGUGUCAUAGGAUAUUGUAAGUGUUAAUAGUACUUAGUUCAUGUCAGUUGAUCCACACUGACUUUUGAAAGUAGGGUACCACAGAUUGGAUUGCACUUAUUAUAGAUAUUGAAUUCGAAACCAACAAUGAGUUAUCCAUCAGGUUACCCGUGUCAACAGGGGACACCCACCGUUGUUCCCGCUCAAAAUCAUGACCCUUGUGAAGAUGCCGAAAAGAUCAAGGUUGCCAUGGAAAGUUGGCUAAUUAACGAUGUCGCUAUCACCAGAGUCCUUUCCAUGAGGUCCAGGGAACAAAGAUUACAUAUUGCAGCAGUGUUCAAAGUUCUAUAUGGAAAGGAUUUGAUCGAACGUUUCGAAAAAAAGUUGCACUUCAAUUUCAAAAAAUCGGUAUUGGCCAUGAUGACCCCUCUGCCAGAUUUCCAUGCCAAAGAACUGCAUGAUGCCAUUACUGGAACUGGUAAAGAUGAUGACGCCCUCUUAGAAGUCCUUUGCAGCAUGUCGAACCAGGAAAUCUUGGCUAUACGACAGGCGUAUCAUGCUAUGUAUCACAGUAACCUGGAGAAUGACAUCAAAGGUGAUACCAGCGGCAUUUUCAAACGCCUUAUGGUCUCGCUUUGCAGAGCUUGCAGAGACGAAAACACACCCGCCAAUCAGGAAGAAGCUACAGAGGAUGCGCAGUGGCUCUAUGAUGUUGGAGAGAAACGCAUACUAGGCACCGACGAAUCCACCUUCAUCAGGGUCUUUUCCCAUCGCAGCUUUACACAGUUGCAGUUGAUUUUCAUGGAGUACGAACGAAUCUCAGGACAUGACAUCGAAGAAGCCAUCAAGAGUCAGUUUUCUGGGAUUUCCCAGUUAGGAUUCUUGGCAAUUGUGCACAACAUAAAGAAUCAGCCGCUGUUUUUCGCGAAGAUGUUGAAUAAGAGCAUGAAGGGACUGGGCACGAGAAAUAGGCAGUUGAUAAGGUUGAUGACGACUAGAUGUGAGAUUGAUAUGGAAGAUAUCGCAAGAGAGUAUGAAGCGAAAUAUGGCGAGUCUUUGAUAGAUGCAAUCAAAGGGGAUUGUUCAGGAGAUUACAGAAGGUUCAUGGUAGCUCUCAUUAGAGGUCCCAGUUAACACUCCUUCGAGGUCCUUGUUAGGUUUCAUUCGGGACAGCUAUAGAUUUACAACUUCCUGUUAUGUUGAUUUCAUGAAAUGUUUUAUACUUGUGAUAUAUUUAUCAAUACAAUUUUCGUAUGUACA